AGAGUCCAAAUUGAGUUUCGCUAGUGGUCAGUUCAACACAAGCUUGUGGCGGCCACAAGCCUAAAGUAAGUACCGUAGUGCUGCUGACUAAGCAUUCAAAUCCGGCUCUCCCUCUUCCUAGAACAGUCCUCAUUCUCCAGCUUGACGUCUGCGAUGAACUUCGGCCUUACGCUCCCCCAUUUACCUUCUACAAUCUGUUCACUGGAGGCGCAUAGCAAAUGUCAAACAACUCUUGAUUUUACUUACCAAGAUCGUUUGCUAUAGAUCAUUUGAAGCAUUGACCUAUUUAUAGGUGCGGAUCAUACUCGCGAGGAUAUUGAGACCUGAAAGUUUCUUGUGCUCGGACGUGUCCUACUAUUGUCUUCUUCCCUUGGAAGCACUAAGCAAAGAAACUCGGAUAAUUGUCCUUGCUUUCAACAUGGGCCUCGCUAAUGGAUAUCUGUACACCUGCGAGAUCAUUUUCCUACGGGCGACAAACGUACCAGUUAGUGACUUGAAUAAUCUCUCCAGCGAUCCGUACAUUCGGGCAAUGAUCUCCGCGGAAUAUGGGUCGUCGAUUGAGGACGAGGUCCCACAAUCUAUCACAUAUCGCACGCACACGGAGCGACGCACUCUGAAUCCAACCUUCAACGACAAAUGGAUUUUUUCUGGCAUUCCUAUCUCGGGUUUUACGCUCACCAUGCGGUUGAACGACGAGGAUCCAGGGAACCGUGAUGACCAUUUAGGAAGGGCGGUGGUACGCCUUCCGCCGGAAGGCUCAGAGCUAACGGAGGGGUGGUCAUCUGGUGAUAUGGAGUGCAAGAUCCACAAACGUAAGGAUAGCGUGAAGAGCAGGAUAACUACUUUCGUGGCGAAGAUAGCCACGCGAGGCGAAGUCGAGCAUAGAUGUCGAGUCUGGAUAAGCGUCAAGGUACUCGGUCGGGCUCAAAACCAGGGCGACAAUCGCUUAUACACAGUCGGACCUCAUCGAUACUUCCAGCAUUUCUCACCUCUGCUCGGUAGUUUCUUAGGCUCAACAAAAGCGCCAGCAGUCGACAUUGCCAACCCCUCACUCAAAGCCUCCACAUUUAUAGCGAACCGAAUUCAGCUCACUGGCCCUGUUCCAGCUAGUCUGAGACACCGCUAUGUGGGAUUUGCGCCUUUCGUCAAGGCAAUGUUCAAGAAAGAAGGGAUCAAGGGACUGUUGCUACACCGUGCUCUGCACAAGCAGCAUUGCUCUAUAUACAAAUGGGAUAAGAAUGUUGUUUGGGGAGUUGUAGAAGGGAUUAAUGAGAAACAGGACGAAAAGCAUGAAGUGAAUGGGAAAACCACUGGAGACGCUGAAUAUACUAGUGAAGACAAAGGUGACCAUACCACUGACCAUCUGAAGGAAGAGUCUGUUGCAUUCGCGCGUCAAUUCCUGCGAAUGACUUCGCAUGGAACCCAUGGAAGAAUAUUCACGUAUGCGAUCAUGCUCGACGGAGAAUGGAGGUUUACGGAAACAGGCAAACAGUUUUCCAUUGGGCUUCUCAGCAAACAUACCAUGCAUACAGACGUUGCCCUCGAGAUUGCAUAUAGUGGCGAGUUUUUCGUCCGCCUUCUUCACCCUCACUCAUCAGAAGGCUCGGACGACUCGCCACCUGAUGAUCCAUCGUUUUACGAACUAGUCAUUGACAACGACUCAGGGACCUACCGUCCAUCUAAGGACCUUCUACCAGUCUUACAAUCCUACCUUUCAUCCCCAUCAAACCUGGGAGCGUUGGGCAAGAUCACAGCUUUGGACGGAUUCGAUGAGAAGUUGAAGAGAUGGAAAGAAAAAAGGGCUGAGAUAAAGGCCCUGGGAACGGGGAAGGGCAGGGCCAUACAGGCGAGCUUGUCGAGCUCGAGUUCUAGUUCUAGUGACAGUUCUAGUUCCGUUAGUGUCGAUGGAGUUGAGGGUGGGCGGAAAGUGAAAGAAUCGGAGCUCAGAGCUGCUCUGGAAGAAGAUGCUAAUCGAGCCAGGGAUAACCAAGAUGAGGAUCAGGUUGCAAAGGAAGAGGAGAGCGUUAGAGAUGAUGAGGGAAACGGAGGAGAGGCUGACAAGGAAAACAGCAAGUGAUUCAGUGUCACCCAUUGGAUAUGAUAUUUUUGUCUUGCUCUAUAUUAUUGGUAUCCUAUUCGUGGACGUUGAAUCUUUCCAUGCAGUCUACAGUGUAUUAUUGACAGAGCGGUUAACCCAUGCCGACGCGCACCUAGGUGCAAUCCAUGGACUUACGUCUGAGGAGCGGUGUUCUCAUAGCUUUUGCCAAGACCCACUGCAUCCUCAUGCUAUUUCUGCGCGUGUCCUUCAGGAGUUGCGAACAUUGCAAAUUCGCGCUAUGUAAGUCCCAUUUCGUGCUUCUGGGUCAUCUUUGGAGCAGAAUUUGCAAGAGAGUAUCGCCGAAGGGUUCUUUCACAGGUCUCCCUCGUAUUCUGGUCAUUGUCUGUUGAGGAUUCACCGGACGGACCGCUAUAAUGAAGACAACUACGCGGUCUGUCGGACAUGUCUUCCAUGCGAUUUCUAGCUGCUGCCAACUCUUGUGACCCAAGACCAUGUUCUGAAUGAAUCACCUGGCACACUACGUGCCGUCCACCUUCGACUCCCGAAGCACCUCAUACCAUCUCUAUGCGUUGCACAUUUGGCAAGAAGGUUGCCUGCGCUACCGGUAUUUUGCCUUUCAAUUGAGUCUUUACUUAUGUGGAAGACUGUUACAUCCGCGUAGCUUGGUUGGAACUUUGCUUCACGCGGUUCCGAAGCGUUUCUGAACAAGAAGCAGUAGUAUUUUACGUCCUCCUUGACAUGACCUUCGUGCUAUACACGGCUUCGAUGUCAUCCC